UUUACAGCUUCACUGUCCAACACAAUCAAAAGGGAUGCUGCCGGCCUUGAUACCAGUACCACAGCCUUCCUACUCCCAGGCCAGGGAGAACCUAGUGAAGGCUAUCCCACCAAAGCUCCUCUGUCUGCUGGCCUGUGGAGGAAUAGACUGCCGCUACGAAGGACCAGAGUGUUGGAAAUUAAACCAACAGGCCAUUCGAGGCCUUUUCUCCUCCUGGCUGACAGAUGACAUUAUUGCCAUGGCACGACCAUCCAAUAAUCUAAUAGAGAAGUACAACAUCAUUGAACAAUUUCGAAGGUUGAACAUCAGAUCAAUCAUCAACAUGCAGCUCCCUGGAGAGCAUGCUCACUGUGGACCCCCCCUAGAGCCUGGAAGUGGUUUCACAUACUCUCCACAGAUCUUCAUGGACAAUGACAUUUACUUUUACAACUUCGGGAUGCAAGAUUUCGGUGUGUCCUCCCUCGUCGGUAUUAUCGACGGGGUGAAGGUUUUGGCCUUUGCAGUGAGGGAAGGAAGGGUGGCUGUGCACUGCCACGCAGGCCUGGGCAGGACAGGUGUCCUGAUAGCCUGUUACCUGAUUUACACCCUGCGCAUCAGCCCGAGUGAGGCCGUGCACUACGUAAGGAUUAAAAGGCCAUGCUCUAUCCAAACCCGGGCGCAGCUCAGCCAGGUGUUUGACUUUGCUCGCCUGCUUGGCACACAGCUGGUCCAGUACCCAGACCUCAGCAUGCGGCAUAGAGUCCCUUUCACCCUGCAGCAUUACCUAAACCGACAGGCAAUAAUGCUGCAUGGCCAGGAGGCACGCACCCUCAGACAUACACCCAAGGUGGUGUAUCUCCUGUGUGUGCAUCUCUCCUGCUUAGCCCUGGGGCUCCCUGCUCCUCCAGAGAUCCAGGCUGAGCUAGAGAAGAGGUCAGUACUGAGGACCUUGAACAGGACUGUGAGGGAGACCCUGGUGUCCAAACAGUACUUGCCCUUACUGAGGGAGGGUCACAGGGGGGCGUGGCUGAGCUCAGGGUCGGUGUCCUCCUGGGACGAGCCACUGGGAUUCUUGGAGAGGAAGAGAGAGGUGCUGUUGCACAAACGCAGCUACAGUGACUCUGACCUCAGCAAGAUCGCAGAUCUGGAGUUGAGUCCAUACUGCACCCCAGCACUUGGAAAUGAGAGGCAGUGGUGUGUACAGAAUUUGAUACGAUCUGAUCUGAGACCCGGUAGUCCAAUGCUUGCCCCACUUUCACCAGGCCACCAGACCACCAAAAGGGCAUCUCAUACACUCAACAUCCCCAUAUCUAGCAUGACAACAAACAAUAACUGUGCUAAGAGGUCAAGGUGCCCAGCGAAAAAGGCACUUCCCAAAUACAGCUCUAACAGUGAGUUUGGCAGAAAUCCACAUUAUCCUGGCCCAACCUCAGUCGCCCGUGCUGUUGCUAAGGCAAUGGCAGACCAUGGUCCUCGAGGAGAAACCAUACUGCAAAGAUCGGCUCUGCUGCAGGAGGAACUGAACAGCAGUGACUGUGGCUGGGCUCUGCUGGUCACCGAAUCAGAUCCUCAGGUCCUCAGUUGUCUGUUGUGGACCUGGCUGGACAAGUUGAGGGAGCCUGUUCUGAGUGCAGAGGAUGUAGAGCGUUUGAGUUGUGGAGCAAACAACAGGACGUCUCUCAGUGUGCUCAAGAAGUCACAAAGACACACCAUCUAUUGUCUACUGAGCUGUGUGAGCACAGUGACCAGCUUGUGUCCACACAGAGAGGAUGCAGUGCUGCAACGAUUGGGGCGAGCACUUACAAGGCACCCCCAGGAGGAAAUGGGAAGCCUUGCAACCUUGAUUAAGGUCCUGAAGGCGAGUUUGAGAGAAACCUUUCACAACUGCACAUACCUCAGGAGGGCCUGCAGCACCAAUGCUACACUUUGAAGAGUCUAUAUCUAAAAAACAAAAACUAACAGAGCAGUUUUAUUUAAAAAGUUAUUUCAUCUUCGGCACCUGAUUGUGGGCAAUUUGUUUUACAUUUAUAGUGUUAGAUCCGGGAGUUAAGCCUCGAUACAGGACUAUAAAAUAAACCAGCUCUCCGUUUAAAGGGUCAGGGUCACCAAGCCUGUCGGGGUUUUAACCACCUGGGAUACCCGGUGAUCUGUUUAAGCUGGUGGUAGAGGGAACUCGCCUGGCUUACUCACUGCCGUCCCUCCUGACGUCUACCCUGCUUCCUCUGGCAGCUGCACACGGCAGAGAGGCCCUCUUGGCCAAAUGCAGCUAUCAGUCACGUCAGUUAAUGGCAGCUUUUCUCUGAUGGAUCUAGGCUCUUGGUAAGGUGCCAGAAUAGGUUUUGAUAGCUAUAUGAUUAAGCUAUGAGGGUUUGUUAUGCGGACUAAGAACUAUAAUAACCAUUCAGAACUCCAUCGCCACGCCAUGAGUACUCUUUACUACUUUACGAAUAAAGUCUCAGGACUACUUGCUUUAAAUGCAGUUUUAGAUAUUUAUUCUUCAGAUUCAGGGUCCUGGUAUUGUGCAUGCUCACUGUUACAUUGUCAUGGCUUCCUGGGACACUUGAAUAGAAACAGAGCCAUGGUUAAUGUUAUUAGCAUGUUAUUAGCAACACCUUUGGGCUCCUGUGCUUUUCCUAC